UCGCCGACACAUGAUUCAUUAGCUGACGCAUGUUGGAGGUUUAAAAUUUCGACUUCGCUUCCCAUUCUCUCACCUCUCAAAUUCUCCGAGUCCCGAUCCCUCCUUCCUCCAGAUUUCCAUCUGUACGCAGCUGACAAUGGCGGAUUCCAAGACCAAAUUUGAAUCUCUGAGGGAAUGGGUCGUCGAGCACAAGCUUCGUACUGUGGGGUCCCUUUGGCUGAGCGGUAUUGCGGGUUCAAUUGCAUACAACUGGUCUCGACCCAACAUGAAAACCAGCGUUAAGAUCAUUCAUGCUAGGUUGCAUGCUCAGGCUCUUACACUUGCAGCGCUGGCUGGAGCUGCAGUGGUAGAGUACUACGAUCAUCAAACGGGAGCAAAGGCUGAGAGAUAUGCAAAAUUCCUCCCAGUGGAGAACUUCAGCUCACAGAAGGAUUGAUUAAUCUUUACAUCUGACAUCAGUAUAGCACAUAGGUUUUCGAAUGAAUUACACAUGUUUUCGAAUGAAUUCUAAGUAAUAAAUCUGAUUGUAACAGGAGCAACCCAUCACAAUUUUCCCCGUUAUUUUUGUGCCGAUACUUUAUUCAAAUGAAUCUUUACAUGUGUAUUUGAUAUUUGAUAGCAGGCAUUUAAUUUGAUGCAUUUUUUUUUUAGAAGAAGGAAACAAUUUCUUCAGAAUGAUAAAUGUAAUGAAUUGAUGUGCUGGCGUUCAGCGCAACAGGUAGAAGUGUUUCCGUCGUUUGAACGGAUUACAUUUAA